ACUCAUUUUCAAAUUAUAUGGAUGCAACGCAAAUAAAUACUUCUGAGACCUUAAUUACUAAUAAAGACACUGGAAUAGAUAAAUGCAUAGUUGUGGAUAAAGAUACUGGUGAGGAUAAUAACAUUGAUGUGAAUAAAAACAUAGACAAUAAAAUUGACUGUAUUGAAUUGGAUGUUGAUUCUUAUAAAGUAACCCAAGAUACUGUAAAUCUUGUUAAAUAUACAAAUGAUGAAAAUUCUUGUGAGGUAAUAAAAUUAUGA